UAACCAGCCAAGGUCACCCAGCUAGUAAUAGGAAAAGGUUCAAGGCAAUAUGGCCGGAGUCUGCUCUCUCAGUAAAAAAGCAGAUACUACAUGCAACAAGUUUUAAAAGUAACUGGGGAACUAACGGAAAAGAGAAGCAACAAAAGAGCUCACAUCGGAAGAGGCGUGGAUAUACCAAGAGAGACACCAGAGACGGGACCUGACAUCGCUGCUCACAGCGCCUAUCAGGCUUCCGAGACCCCUCCCCCAGUGCCCCGUCCCUCAUUGGGCCCCUUCCAAGUAGCGUCAAAUUGUAGGCGGGACUUCCGGGUACAACGGAGCCAAUUCCGGCCGAGCCGGAAAGCCCUUUGAAGAAAAGGCUAGGGGUUACCCGCCCGCCUGAAGUCCCUGGCGAAUUUUGUGUUCCAUAGACUUGGAAGAAAGAUUGGGCGGGGGUUAAUCUACGCAUUGGCAAGUUUUUAGGGUAGUGGAAAACAGGAGUUGGGAUAUGGACAGCCGCUUGCAGGAGAUCCGGGAGCGGCAGAAGCUACGGCGACAGCUCCUCGCGCAGCAGUUGGGAGCUGAAAGUGCUGACAGCAUUGGUGCUGUGUUGAAUAGUAAAGACGAGCAGAGAGAAAUUGCUGAAACAAGGGAAACUUGCAGGGCUUCGUACGAUACCUCUGCUCCAAAUACAAAGCGUAAGUACCUAGAUGAAGGAGAAACAGAUGAAGACAAAGUGGAAGACUAUAAGGAUGAACUGGAAAUGCAACAGGAGGAGGAGAAUUUGCCAUAUGAAGAAGAGAUUUACAAAGAUUCCAGUACUUUUCUUAAGGGGACACAGAGCUUAAAUCCCCAUAAUGAUUACUGUCAACAUUUUGUAGACACUGGACAUAGACCUCAGAAUUUCAUCAGGGAUGUAGGUUUAGCUGAUAGAUUUGAAGAAUACCCUAAACUAAGGGAGCUCAUCAGGCUGAAAGAUGAGUUAAUAGCUAAAUCUAACACCCCUCCUAUGUACUUACAAGCAGAUAUAGAAGCUUUUGACAUCAGAGAGCUGACACCCAAAUUUGAUGUGAUUCUCCUGGAACCCCCCUUAGAAGAAUAUUAUAGAGAGACUGGCAUCACUGCUAAUGAAAAAUGCUGGACUUGGGAUGAUAUUAUGAAGUUAGAAAUUGAUGAGAUUGCAGCACCUCGAUCAUUUAUUUUCCUCUGGUGUGGUUCCGGGGAGGGUUUGGACCUUGGAAGAGUGUGUUUACGUAAGUGGGGUUACAGAAGAUGUGAAGAUAUAUGUUGGAUUAAAACCAAUAAAAACAAUCCUGGGAAGACUAAAACUUUAGAUCCAAAGGCUGUCUUUCAGCGAACAAAGGAACACUGCCUUAUGGGGAUCAAAGGAACUGUUAAGCGUAGCACAGACGGAGACUUCAUUCAUGCUAAUGUUGACAUUGACUUAAUUAUCACAGAAGAACCUGAAAUUGGCAAUAUAGAAAAACCUGUAGAAAUUUUUCAUAUAAUCGAACAUUUUUGUCUUGGUAGAAGACGGCUUCAUCUCUUUGGAAGAGAUAGUACAAUUCGACCAGGCUGGCUUACAGUUGGACCAACUCUUACGAAUAGCAACUACAAUGCAGAAACAUAUGCAUCCUACUUCAGCGCUCCUAAUUCCUACUUGACUGGAUGUACAGAAGAGAUUGAGAGACUGCGACCAAAAUCGCCUCCUCCCAAAUCUAAAUCUGAUCGGGGAGGUGGCGCUCCCAGGGGUGGAGGAAGAGGUGGAACUUCUGCUGGCCGUGGACGAGAAAGAAAUCGAUCCAACUUCCGAGGCGAAAGAGGUGGCUUUAGAGGGGGCCGUGGAGGAGCACACAGGGGUGGCUUUCCACCUCGAUAAUUUCUGAAGACACUGAUCCUUUUAAUGGCCCUCUCCCUUCUUUAUUUCAUUUUGAAUUUCAGUUGGAAGACUCACCUUAGAACUGAGUUCCAGCUCGCACUUGGCUUUUAGUUUCUCUAGGCUGCAGGACUGUCUGAGCCAGCUUCCCUUGCAGUUGUCACAGGCGCUGCCUACUUUUCCCAGGAUAAACGAGUGAUUCCGCCCUCUGUCAUGUGCAUGUAACUGAACCGAACGAACACAAAUGCCUUCACCUUCAGAGACUUGAGUUUAUUCCUAUUUAUUGCAAAGGCUUUUGCUUUUUAGAAAGAGUUGGAGUAAACAGUGAAAAGGCUGCAUCUGUAACAUGAUAUUAGUCCUGCAGAAGGUGAGAGAAUGUGCAUCCCGCCACUGCUGUCCCAGCACGUGGGAAGCCGCCGGGAGCCUGGAUAGAAGAGUUGGGACAGAUGGUAAGCUUCUGCCAGAGAUGUAACGUUUUCUUGAUGAAACAAUAAAAAGAGGUAGACUUCUUUUUACUCUUAAAAAUUCAGAUAAAAUUGAGAAUUUUGGCAUACUUAAAAAAAAAAAAAGCUCAUCAUCAUCAUCUCAGUAGCUACAGA